AUGGUGGACGGAGCACGUUGCUCGCCCUCCUCCGCCCGCCCGCCGACUAGCACCGCGCGCGCACCCGAUCGAUAUGCCCAUCGAGCUCAUCAGGAAGCCGAGCGAGCAUAUGCGCCCCCGCGCCUCAGGGCCAUCUGCCUUUUGACUUUGAGUCUAGGGCACAAAAUCAACAGGCCUCUACAGUUUUGCAGCCCGCCCCCCAGUGCAUCCUUCCUCGCGCACGUCCUCCCUUCCUCGUCGACCCCCACCUCUACCCAGGUACCGCGCCCGGCCCUUCUUCCCGCACCGAAGCCAGGACCAUGCGUACGCGCCUGUCGGCUCCCUCUUCCUCGCGCACGCGACUCACAGGCCCUCGUCCCAGGUCUCAUCAUCCGCGACAACGCGACCGCCGUGGGCGAGUACAUCGGGAACUACAUCUGCAAGCGGAUCAACGACUUCAAGCCGACCGCGGAGCGGCCGUUCGUGCUCGGGCUUCCGACGGGCUCGUCCCCGAUCCCGACCUACAAGCACCUCAUCACCCUCGUCAAGGACGGGAAGCUCUCGUUCAAACAUGUCAUCACCUUCAACAUGGACGAGUACGUCGGCCUCGCCGAGGACCACCCCGAGUCCUACCACACCUUCAUGUUCCGCGAGUUCUUCUCCCAUGUCGACAUCCCGCCGUCGCAGGUGAACAUCCUGAACGGGAACGCGAAGGACCUCAUCAAGGAGUGCAAGGCGUACGAGGAGAAAAUCAAGGCCCACGGCGGCAUUGAGCUCUUCCUCGGCGGCAUCGGCGAGGACGGCCACAUCGCGUUCAACGAGCCCGGCUCGUCGCUCGCGUCGCGCACCCGCAUCAAGACGCUCGCCUACGACACCAUCCUCGCCAACGCCCGCUUCUUCAACAACGACAUCGCGCUCGUGCCCCGCAUGGCGCUCACCGUCGGCGUCGGCACCGUGCUCGACUCCCGCGAGGUCGUCGUCGUCGUCACCGGCCAGCGCAAGGCCCUCGCGCUCUCCAAGGCGAUCGAGGAGGGCGUCAACCACCUCUGGACGCUCUCCGCCCUCCAGAUGCACCCCUGGGCACUCAUCGUCGUCGACGAGGACGCCACCGCCGAGCUCCACGUCAAGACCGUCAAGUACUUCAAGUCCAUCGAGCGUGUACAGGACGAGGUGGAGGCCAUGCACGAGGCUCUCAAGAGCGAGCCCGUCGGUAGCAUGGACUGA